GAGAUGAAACAAAAUACUGUUCCACGACUACGCAUUUUAAUUACACCUAAAUUUUGGUCUUCUUUCGCGGCAGUUUUUACGAACAGAGAUUGAUGCCUAAUUUAUAAUUAUUGCGUAUCUUGUCGCUGCGUCAUGCCCGGAGAUCGGAAACAUCCAAAAAGCGUGCGCCGACAUCGCGCUGCGUUCGAUCGCGCACACAGGUCAGCUGUCUCGGCGCGACGCGACGACGAGGAGCAACGUUUCCCUCGGCGGGACGUUGAAAAGUCGACGGUGUUCGAUUUGGUGUACAAAUAUCUGAGCAAAUGCGCCAACAAGGACAUGAAGUGGAGGCAGCGAAACUGCGCGUGUAACAAAUUCAAUAAGCGACACGCGAGGAAGAAAGACAUUCGUGAUCGUGACGUAGCGACAAUUCAUGCGAAUCUCGACGAGGGAAUUUCGGACGAUUACGUGCGCCGGUCUCGAUCACGCGCGGAUAAAAAUAUGCUUCUCAAGAGAGCAUCUAGAAGCUCGUCGAGAGAAUGUAUUGCCGAUUACACGAAAGCUGUUCGCGAUGGACGAAGACGCGCGAAAAUCUACAUGCGGGAAGCGCUUACAUACGGUUUGCAAUCCGGAUUAUUAAUUCCGACUGAUGGACGGAGAAAUGUGCUGCGCGUUUCACGAAAACUGGGAUCGUUUUCGAGAAACGCGAGAAAAGACAAUGAAGACCCGUCGAAUAUCGCGACCAGCGAUACUGAGUAUUCUGAGGAAGAUUGACGGCUUGAUCGUAAUAAAUUUAAUCGUCAAAAGCAUAAAUGUGAUAUGGUUUGUAAUAUUUCCUAAUUCCUGUAAUUCCAUACUUUAAAUUAUUUAAUAAAUUUAAAUAAUUGAAUACAUAUAA